AUGUCUAGGAACCUACAAGCAGCCAUCGGAGCCUACUAUGACUUUGAGAGUCCGAACAUCAAUGUGCCCUCCAUGUCCUUCGUUGAAGAUGUUACCAUAGGAGAAGGGGAGUCCAUCCCUCCUGAUACCCAGUUUACAAAAACAUGGAGAAUACAAAAUACAGGGACAGAGGCAUGGCCCCCAGGGGUUUGUCUUAAGUACGUCGGGGGAGACCAGUUUGGCCACAUAAACAUGGUGAUUGUCAGGUCGCUAGAGCCCCAGGAGAUUGCAGAUGUCAGCGUUCAGAUGUGCAGCCCCAGCACAGCGGGAAUGUAUCAGGGACAGUGGCUCAUGUGCACUGCUACAGGACUCUAUUAUGGAGAUGUCAUCUGGGUGAUCCUCAGCGUGGAGGUUGGAGGACUUUUAGGAGUAACGCAGCAGCUGUCAUCCUUCGAAACGGAAUUCAACACACAACCACAUCGCAAGGUAGAAGGAAACUUUAACCCCUUUUCCUCUCCGCAGAAGAACAGGCAACCAGAUGAAAACAACCUAAAAGAUCCUGGGGGUUCUGAGCUAGGCACAAUCAGCAAAAACACGUGGGGGCCUGCUCCUGACCAAAUUGAGCAAGAUCAGAAUGGACUGUCACAAAACUCUGUAAAUCUCUCCCCCAGCAGUCACUCGAACAACUUGUCGGUAGUGACGUACAGUAAGAUGCUUGUGUGUACAAAUACGUGA